AUGACACCACUUGUGUUCAGCAAUACUAGUAGUAGUAGCAACAACAACAAUAACAAUAACAACAAUCCCCCACCUUUAAUAUCAUCAACGUUGAUAGCUAGAGGAAGAGUACUAGAGGAGGAAGAAGAGGAAGAAGAAGAUCAACAACAAGAAGAAGAAGAAGAAGAAGAAGAAGUAGAAGUAGAAGAGGGUGAAGACACCCAUACUCAUCAACUUCAACAAAGAGCUCAAUCAAACAGACCAUUCAAGAGAGUCAAAAGACAAUACGAUACUACAACUGAAAGUAGAAUUAGUCAAUUUAGUAACAAUAAUAAUAACAAGAUCACAAAAAUGUUAUCAAAUAAUAAUAACAAUAAUAAUAAUAAUAAUAAUAAUAAUAACAAACAGAAUGGUGUACAUUAUCCAAACGGUGUAAAUAGUAGUAAUGGUGAUAUGGAUAUGACCCAAGAUGGAAAGUUUAACAAGAAUGAAUUGGUGAGACUUGUCAUUCAAUCUUUAAAUUGUUUAGGAUACAAGAAAUCAGCAGAAUUUCUUGAAAAGGAUAGUGGUAUCUAUUUACAAUCACCAGAGGUUGUUCAAUUUAUUCAAAGUACAAUGGAAGGUGAUUGGACCAAAGUGGAAUCUUAUUUACCUUUUUUAAAAAUUAAAUCACAAUCUGAUUUGGAUAAUGUAAAAUCUUUAAUAUAUAGCCAAAAGUUUUUGGAAAGUUUAGAAAACAAAAAGGUAAAGGAAGCAUUGGAUUGUCUACGAAAUGAAAUCACACCAAUUAGUAAAGACACUAAAAAACUACAAUUGUUGACAAGUUUAAUCAUGUGCAACGAAAGUUUGGAAUUGAAAAAGAGAGCACAGUGGCCAGGUGCUGGUCCAUUAUCAAGAAAUAAUCUAUUAAAUGAUAUAAGAGAAUAUGUUAGUUCUGAUGUAAUGGUACCAGAUAAUAGAUUGGAAGAAUUAUUAUCACAAUCGGUUCAACAUCAAAUCACCAAAUGUAUAUAUCAUAACACUACACAUCACCGUUUAAGUUUAUUCGAAGAUCAUAUUUGUCAAAGGGAUCAAAUGCCAUUAGAAUGUAAAUUUACUUUAAAGGAUAGACAUAGUGAUGAAGUAUGGUUUGUUAGAUUUUCAAAUAAUGGUAAAAGAUUGGCAUCAUGUUCCAAAGACAAUUCAAUUAUUAUAUGGGAUAUGAAUGAAUACUAUGACAAGGGAAGAGAACCAAAAAUCAUUCAUACACUCACUGGACACACCAAAGAGGUUGGCUAUUUGUCAUGGUCACCCGACGACAAGAAUAUAGUUAGUGCAAGCAGCGAUCACAAUGUUAAACUUUGGAGUGUCGAUUCUGGUGUCUGUGUAAAGACCUAUGCAAAACAUACAGAUGUUGUGACCUCUGUGGCUUGGCACCCAGAUGGUAAACGUUUUGUUUCAGGUGGAAAUGAUAAAUUUAUUUAUUUAUGGAAUGCAGCAACAGUUGAAACAGCUUCAAUGGUUUCAACACCAGUUAGAAGUUGGCAAUGUGCAAGAGUGAACGAUUUGGGAAUUCAUAAGGAUGGUAAACAAUUGGUUGUUAUCUGUCAAGAGAAAAAGAUUAGAUUAUACGAUAUAGACAAUGAAAAGACACCGGAAACUUCGAUACCAGAGACUGAAGCAAUCACAUCGAUGGAGUUGAGCAAUGACAGCCGAUUUGCACUUGUCAAUACAUCCAACCAAGAAAUUCAUCUUUGGGAUCUCGAAAAGAGAACCAUCAUACAGAAAUACAGGGGUAUGCGUCAAGGCCGCUUUGUCAUUCGAUCGUGCUUUGGCGGUGCUGAUCAGACAUUUAUUAUUAGCGGUUCCGAAGAUUCAAAGAUCUACAUUUGGAACAGACUCAACGGUACCCUACUCGAAACACUCUCUGGUCACUUUGGCACAGUCAACUCGGUUCAUUGGUCUCCUACAGACCCCUAUCUCUUUUGUAGUGCAAGUGAUGAUCAAUCAAUUAAAAUUUGGACUAGAAAUAAUUUACAAGUAGGUGGCGGUGGAUCUCAACCUCAACAACAAAAUAAUAAUAAUAAUAAUAAUAAUAAUAAUAAUAAUAAUAAUAACAAUAUAUUUGGAAUAUUCAAUAUUAGUAACUGGGUAUCCCAACUCUCAAUGAGCAUGACCCUCUCUUUGAAAGAGAGUAUUCUAAAAAAUAAUUAUAAUUCAAAAAUGUACAAAUUAGUAAUAUUUAUAAAUAUUAAUUCUUUUCUCUUUGAUCAAACAAUCUCUAUCAAUCUAUUUUAUAUUAGACUCAUUCAUGUAAAUGUGGUGACAACUGUAAGUGCGAAGGUGGUUGCAAGUGUGGAGACGCACAUGAGACAAAGAAGACCUGUUCGCAAGGAUGCCAAUGCAAGCAAUGUGAUUGCUCCAAGAAGUCGGAUUCUUGCAAGUGUGAUACCAAGUGCUGUAAAUAAGGGAGAGAGAUUUAUAACACCCUCCCCUGUUUAA